CAAUUUAAUUGGGCAGAUGUAGAAGUUGCCUCUUCUUCAGCACGCCAUAAUUGCUGGCUAUCGGUAGGCAAAAUGGGGAGAGUUAUUAGAAGUCAGAGAAAAGGUGCCGGAAGUGUAUUUAAAAGUCAUAAUAAACACCGGAAAGGAGCGCCAAAAUUCCGAGCAGUUGACUUUGCAGAGCGUCAUGGAUAUAUAAAAGGUGUUGUAAAAGAAAUUCUUCACGAUCCUGGUCGUGGUGCACCUCUUGCACAAGUAGUGUUCAGAGAUCCCUAUCGUUACAAAUUGAAGAAAGAAUUGUUUCUUGCUGCAGAAGGAAUGCAUACUGGACAGUUUCUGUACUGUGGAAAAAAAGCAACUCUUCAAGUUGGAAAUGUUCUUCCUGUUGGUGUAAUGCCAGAAGGUACAAUUAUAUGUAAUUUAGAAGAAAAGGCUGGUGAUCGAGGUCGUCUUGCACGUGCUUCUGGAAACUAUGCUACUGUUAUUUCUCAUAAUCCAGAUACAAAGAAAACAAGAGUAAAACUUCCAUCUGGUGCAAAGAAAGUUGUUCCGUCAACUAAUAGAGCCAUGGUGGGUAUUGUUUCUGGUGGAGGUCGGAUCGAUAAGCCUAUUUUGAAGGCUGGUCGGGCAUAUCACAAGUAUAAAGCUAAGCGUAACUCUUGGCCCAAAGUUCGUGGUGUGGCUAUGAAUCCUGUUGAGCAUCCCCACGGAGGUGGUAAUCACCAGCAUAUUGGAAAGGCUUCGACUGUUAGAAGAGAUGCUUCAGCCGGUCGCAAGGUUGGUUUGAUUGCUGCUCGUCGUACGGGUCGUAUAAGAGGUGGAAAAACGUCAGCACCAACAAAAGAAGAUUAAUUAGACAUUCAUUUGUAAAGAAAAAUGAAAAAAAUAAAGGAGUUAAAGUUAUCUCUGUA